AGUGCGAGCCUUGAGCACCACCGCAUGGAGCGGGACGAACGGCCGCCUAGCGGAGGGGGAAGCGGCGGGGGCUCGGCAGGGUUCCUGGAGCCGCCCGCCGCGCUCCCUCCGCCGCCGCGCAACGGUUUUUGUCAGGAUGAAUUGGCAGAGCUCGACCCAGGCACUAUUUCUGUUCCAGAUGACCGGGCUGAACAACGCACCUGUCUCAUUUGCGGGGACCGCGCCACCGGCUUGCAUUAUGGAAUCAUCUCCUGUGAGGGCUGCAAAGGGUUUUUCAAGCGCAGCAUUUGCAACAAGCGGGUCUAUCGGUGCAGCCGUGACAAGAACUGUGUCAUGUCUCGGAAGCAGAGGAACAGGUGCCAGUACUGCCGCCUGCUCAAAUGCCUCCAGAUGGGGAUGAACCGGAAGGCAAUCAGAGAAGACGGCAUGCCGGGAGGCCGGAACAAGAGCAUUGGGCCAGUCCAGAUUUCGGAGGAAGAGAUCGAAAGGAUCAUGUCUGGGCAGGAAUUUGAGGAAGAAGCCAAUCACUGGAGCAACCAUGGUGACAGCGACCACAGUUCCCCUGGGAACAGGGCUUCCGAGAGCAACCAGCCCUCACCAGGCUCCACACUAUCCUCCAGGUCUGUGGAACUCAAUGGAUUUAUGGCAUUCAGGGAGCAGUACAUGGGAAUGUCCGUGCCUCCACACUAUCAGUACAUACCGCACCUUUUUAACUAUUCUGCCCACUCGCCACUUCUGCCCCCACAAGCUCGCAGCCUGGACCCCCAGUCAUACAGUCUGAUUCACCAGCUCGUAUCAGCUGAGGACCUGGAGCCAUUGGGCACGCCCAUGUUGAUCGAAGAUGGAUACGCUGUGACCCAGGCGGAGCUGUUUGCCCUGCUUUGCCGCCUGGCCGAUGAGCUGCUCUUUAGGCAGAUUGCCUGGAUCAAGAAACUGCCUUUCUUCUGCGAGCUCUCAAUCAAGGAUUACACGUGCCUCCUGAGCUCUACAUGGCAGGAAUUAAUCCUGCUGUCCUCCCUCACCGUUUACAGCAAACAGAUCUUUGGGGAGCUGGCUGAUGUCACCGCCAAGUACUCACCCUCUGAUGAAGAACUACACAGAUUUAGUGAUGAAGGGAUGGAGGUGAUCGAGCGGCUCAUCUACCUGUAUCACAAGUUCCAUCAGCUAAAGGUCAGCAAUGAGGAGUACGCUUGCAUGAAAGCAAUUAACUUCUUAAAUCAAGAUAUCAGGGGUCUGGCCAGUGCCUCACAGCUGGAACAGUUGAACAAGCGAUAUUGGUACAUUUGCCAGGAUUUCACUGAAUAUAAAUAUACACAUCAGCCGAACCGCUUUCCUGACCUCAUGAUGUGCUUACCUGAGAUUCGAUAUAUUGCAGGGAAAAUGGUGAAUGUGCCCUUGGAGCAGCUGCCCCUCCUGUUUAAGGUGGUGCUGCAUUCCUGCAAGACAAGUGUGGGCAAAGAAUGACCUAUUCCCAGCGCCCCUCCUCGGGCCAUCCGCAGAGCCUUGUGUGGGCAGGACAGGCUCCAGAAGAAAGAGCCAGCGAGACCAACGUGGAGGCUGUGGAGCAGCGUUUCCAGUUGCCUCCAUAGCAAGAAGCGUGCUUGUUUGUUUGUCUGUUUUGUUAAGCUCAUUUUUCUAUAUAUUUAUUUCACGACAGAGUUGAAUGUAUGGCCUUCAGCACGAUGCACAUGCUUUUGUGUGGAUGCAGCCGAUGCAUUUCCUUGCAGUUUACAGAAUGUGAAGAUGUUUAAUGUUACAGUGUUGUCAUUGUUUAGAGAUAGUGCUUUUGUAUUUUGAGGGAGGGUGGGAUGGGGCUGAGAUGACUAUUUCCAUAAUGUUGACAAAGACACUACCUCAGUGGAAAGGGAGGGUGUGGCCAUCCCGACUCUUUCCACGUGUUCUCAGCAGACUCAUACAUUUGUCUGUCAGAGAGCAAACUGCCUUUUUCUAGCCACAGAAUUGCCAGGUAAAAGCACAUAUGAAAGGGCAAAGUGCUGUUAGGAGGUUUACUGAGCAAAGUGGGUGGCACAGUGGGCACAUGGCAGGAGAUGAGGCGUUACGCCCCCUCUUUUCUUUGGAAAGCAUGAAAGUUAGGUGAGUGGGACACAGUGACCAAAUCUAAGUCAGGUGUCCUCAGGGAGAAGGAUUUCUGUUCUCACGCCAUGCUGUGGGGCCCCUCUCCCCACCGUCUGAACCCCCACUGUCAGUUUCUGCCACUGUCAGCUUUUCAUCCAGGCAGAGUCCUGGCAAUAAGGUAUCCUUGGGACUUGCCUGCCAGCUCCGGUGGGGCUCACAGCUCCCUAGUUUCCUCAUGUGGAUCAAGCAAGGCCUACCUUCCUGAGACCCCUUGGCUCUCCCUUACAGAUGGCUUCCUAUUGGCCCUCUGACAACAACAUGGCUGAACAAAAUGUCGUGCUCUGAAUCCUGGUGCCCACUACUGAUUUCUUCUCCUUUCACCUUGUUCUGUUCAAGGGGUAGUGAGACAAAGUCCAGACUGCAAAAAAAAAAAAAAGAAGAAGAAGAAGAAACACUUCUCCUUUAGAGUUCUCUGUUCCUCCCUCCCCAUCCCCUCCCACCCCAUCGCAUCCCAUCCCAGGACUGAAUCCAAAACCUGUAAUCUCUUUCUCAGUGGGACCAUUCAUUCAUUUGCUGAGCAGAAUUUUUGCCUCUAUAUUCUACUCCGAGUUCUCCUAAUCUCGCUAAAAUGAGAGCAGGUUUCCCAGGACGGAAAGCCCAAGGCCUAGAGUGGCCCAGCUGCCCCUUAGAGUAUCCGUGGCCUGGAGGGCUGGAGUUCCUGGCACCUGGAAGGGAAAGGGGGCUUUAAACUACCUCAUGUUCCUACGGGCCUGGCUGCCCCCUCUGCAGGUACGGCCUGGACCCCUUGUUCUUUCACUACCUGCCUCCCAUGUCCCGGGAACUGUUCCUUACCCUGUUGGCUUUGCCCAGCAGCCACACCAGACCUGUCUGGGAACUCUUCCAGGUGCUUCCUCCUUCUCUGCCUCACUGUACGGCAGUUGUCGCUACCCAUAGCCAAGUGUGGGCCAGGUGGCUCGCAUAGCCAAUGCAGCAGACAGACCAUUUAGAGGGGCGCAUCCGAGGUGGCUAGAGGGGCCUGCAGCACCUCCUGGUGCCUGUUCAAAGGCCACAUGCUGUCUUCCCAGCCCAGCCGAGAAAACUUAGCCGGGGGGCCACCACAUCAUGUGCACACCGGCGAGGCUGUGUCGAAUCGUUUCCUUUCAAGUGAAAUGUCACGGGUACCAGCAGAAUGAUGACUUUGUCCCUUGAUGGAUCUAAAACUCAGAGUGUUCCUCCUCAGUGCCAUUUCCCCGGCUGAUCUGAGAAAGAAAAAAGGAAGAGAUGUGUUCCUCAGGAAAACCUCUAAUCAGAAUGUUUUCCACAUGUCAGUGGGAAGGUGUGUGUGUGUGUGUGUGUGUGUGUGUGUGUGUGUGUGUGUCUGUGUCUGUGUCUCUCUCACUUCACAAUAUGUUUGUUUCCCUGAAUGUUUUAUUUAACCAACUAGAUCGCAUUCUUUGGCUAUAGGUCAGACUCCGAGCUGCUUUCCUCAAUAUAGGGAGGAGACACAUAUCAGAAACCGUUUCUCCAAGACGACUCCUGUGUGCAGCAUCUUAAUUUGCUUAGACCUCCAUCUGUCAAAUUAUUAUUUUUUUCAAAUGGCUUUUCUCUUAAAUUAAGCAUUUUACCGGUUGUGUUUGGGUAUCGAAGGAAAUUGCUCUCUGAUGAGGCAAGAACAUGUCUCUCCAAUAAUGCAGGAUUAAACAGAGCAAGUUGUUAAUUUGUGGAGUGGGGGAAAGGUUCUGCAAGUUGCCAUUGUACAAAUCCAUUUUUACAAAUGUUUGCAGCAGAUUCCACAGAACAAAGAGCCCAUUCAUUUCCGAGAGCCCUGCAGAAUCUCUGAGCCAAGUGGCCGUGUGUUCUGAGCCGGAGCCUGACCUGUGGGCCACCUUUAAUGUCUUCUGCACCCAGUCCUUUUAUGACGGGCUUUUUUUAAACAGGGUAAAGUGAAUGUGUUGCAUUGCAAACUCAGGUAUUAUGAGGAGAAGGUAGGAGUGUAGCUAGCACCGUGGAGACAUUAGGUCAGCCACUAGAUGUAUUUGUGAAUUUGGUUUGAAGGACACAGAGAAAGGUUGGAGGGGGAGGCUUGGUGUGUUUGUUUUUGCCUUUCUUCCCAUACUGUUUGGUUAACAGGUAGCCUUUUUGCUAGUGGAAGAAGUUGUGCAUGUGGUCUCAGUUCCCUCUCUUCUGUCCUCUCUCUGAUCCCCUGCCACCAACAGCACUCACUUUGAGUGAGAGUUUUUCCACCAUAAAAAUAGGACCCUGAAAGCUGUGUGGUCAAGGAGAAUCCCACCUCCUUGCCCUGCAUUGAAACAUACAAGCUUUUCCCUUCCUUUCCCUUUGAAUGUUUUCUUGACCCAAGACAAAAGUUUGGAAUCUUGGAACUUCACCUACAACUUACGCUCUCUGGUUCCUUUGUGAGACUUUUGGAAUCUUUCACAAGGUUGGUAGUCUGGAGAAGCUCCCAAGAACCUGUCUCAAAGCACUCCACCUGGCUCAGAGGACACCCAGCCUCCAUGCCAACCCAUGAGUGAUAUGGGAGAACCUCGAGAGAGAGAGAAAGAGAGAGAGAGAGAGAGAGAAGGCAGCAGGCAGGACCCUUCCUGUCCUGUUCUCCAGAGCCAGAGGAGGGAGAGGGGUCUCCAUGGCUCACUGACAGUCACCCACUCCACACCAGCCUGCUUCUUACCUGCCACUCAGGGAAGUGAGGACCUGCCAUGGCCAAUGUGUCACCAGGUCCUUAAAACCUUGGGUUCUCUGAGCUAGCUGCCUUGCUCGGUUACCCAUUUCUUACCUUAGUUUAUUUGAUCCUGAUUUCCUGGAGAAUGGGCCAGAUGGAGACAGAUAAGCCCGGUGUGGGCAACAUCUAAGCCAUGUCUGAGGUUGGCCAAAGUACAGGGGUCCUGGCCUCCUGGUAGGGCAGGAAGCUGAGCAGUGGUUCCAAGUUUUUAGCUCUGGGCCCCUGGUUUGGCUUGUUUCCCUGUUUUUUAAAAUUUUGCAAUUGUUUUAAGAAAUCCAGUCUUUCAGACCAGCCCUUUUAUUUUCUUUAUUGAUUUUUUAAAAAGCAAAAAAACAAAAAAAAACAAAAACGAAAAACUAAACAAAAAAACCAUUACUCUUCCUUUCCCCGACCUGAUCCGUGAGCGCCCCCCUGCAUGCCCCUCUGCCUUUGCAGUUGAUCAUUCCUCCCUUUUCCCUCAGCUUGAAUCAUCUAUGUCCAGUGUCUGUGAAAUGAUGUUUUAUCUGUGUCUCAGGAUGAGAAACGGCAAUCAUUCCACCAGGUGCUGGAAACUGGUUAGCCUUGAGGCAAGGGUUUCUAGGGCCACAGCUCAGGGAUGUGUAUUUAAUUACAGGGUCCCCAGAAACCCCUCUCUUGGCUGCCAUAAGCAACCGUUUUUCUGGGCUUGGAAGCCAGACCUGGACUGUUUCCUCAGAGGCAGGGCCCCAGAGAGCAUGCUCAGUCUGGGAGCAAACGGAGGCUUCCUCUGGCCAGACCUGGGCUACCUGGAGACUGGAAGACUUCUGUCUGUCCCGGGACAUGAGCCGCAGUGGCCCUGCCUCUACCAGCUGGUAAAAUGCCUGGUGCCUCUGCUCAGUCCAGUCCCUAUGUGGCCUGACUCCUCUGGGCCUGCAGCCCUAAAUGGACCACAGCCUACUCAGGAAUCAAUUGCAGGCCCAAAGGGAAGCUGCGAGUCAGGCCAGAGCUUGCUCCAAGCCCAGGAAAAAAGUUACUGGUGGAGGCUAGUCUUCCAAAUCCUGGAGCCAGCCCUGCCAGCCAAAGUAUCAUUUUUGCCCUUUGGUGACCAUUGUUUUCUUGCUCUGAAAUGUCUUAUGAUAGGUGAUAAUGUUGACUCAAAUUUCCAUGAAAAAGAAGAAAAGAAAAAACUACCUCUUGAGUGACAUCCUGGUGAUUCCUCUCUGAGAAAUCCUGUGGGAAAAGAAUACUGUAGCCCCUGCUGUGUUUACAUGUUUCUGUCGGGAAAGAAACCCUGCCUGCCCUGGGGUGUUGGUGUUUUUGUCUGUGUUGCCAUCCCAGGCCUGCGAUAGGGGCUUGUGGGUGCGUUGUAAUGUCUGGGCCGCGUCUGGGGAGUCCUUCACACCUGCCCGGCCAGGAACUAGCCACCCCCUUGAAGAGGCCUCUGUUUCCUUCCUAUGACCCAAGGCACAGGAAACACCACCUUCCACUACCCCAGGGGCUCUGGUGGCACCUGCAUCCAUGAGCCUACCCCUGGGCUACCUACCUUAGGUCCACUCUCCCCACAGUCCUGUAUAGGAAUCAAGUAAACGGGAUGUCUCUGAGCCCUUGUCUCCAAAGGGCCGGCCAAGGGCUGCCCGCCAGCCUGGCUCCAUCAGCCCUGCGUGACCAAAGGAUAGUUGGCGGGCUCUGCAGGCUCCCCAGGCCCUCUGCUACCUCCCACCCUGCCAGCUGGCCAGGGCUGGGCCCUUUCUGUGAAUUGACUACCUGUGGAAAUGUGACCAAUUAGUGUGAAAUGCAUGUUUAGAAAAUGUUAGGUACUGUAUUUGAACCAAUAAAUGUGAA